AUGAUCAAACAGAGUUCACCCGGACACCGGAAAGAGCGAGAGGAAGCUGCACUUUACACAGAGUCUACUCUUGGGAACGGAGAGCCCAUCAGAUUAGCUGGGUUUGGAUCGACUCAGUGCUCUGGAAGAGUUGAAAUUUAUUACAACAACAUCUGGGGAACAGUCUGUGAUGAUGGCUGGGAUUUGAAGGAUGCUGAGGUGGUUUGCAGAGAGUUAAACUGUGGGACGGCACUAGAGGCUCCUCGAUCAGCUCGCUUUGGUGCAGGAACUGGACAGAUUUGGCUUGAUGAUGUGACCUGUUCAGGAAAUGAAAAUUUUCUAACUCAGUGUCAGCACAGAGGAUUUGGAGUGCAUGACUGUGUACAUGGUGAGGAUGCUGGUGUCAUCUGUUCAGUCAGAUUAGUUAGUUCUGGAUGGUCUCGGUGCUCUGGCAGAAUUGAAGUUUAUCACAAUAACAUCUGGGGAACCAUCUGUGAUGAUGGCUGGGACUUGAAGGAUGCUGAGGUGGUUUGCAGAGAGUUAAACUGUGGGACGGCACUAGAGGCUCCUCGAUCAGCUCGCUUUGGUGCAGGAAGUGGACUGAUAUGGUUUAAUAAUGUGACCUGUUCAGGAAAUGAAAUUUCUCUGACUCAGUGUCAGCACAGUGGAUUUGGAAACCACAGCUGUGGACAUGGUCAGGAUGCUGGUGUCAUCUGUUCAGGCCUGAUCAGACUAGCUGGGUCUGGAUCAACUCGAUGCUCUGGAAGAGCUGAAAUUUAUCACAAUAACAUCUGGGGAACAAUCUGUGAUAAUGGCUGGGACUUAAAUGAUGCUCAGGUGGUUUGCAGAGAGUUGAACUGUGGCAUUGCACAACAGGCUACUCAAUCAGCUCGCUUUGGUGCAGGAACUGGACAGAUUUGGCUUGAUAAUGUGGCAUGUUUGGGCACUGAAAGUUCUCUAACAGAGUGCCAACACAGAGGAUUUGGAACAAACACCUGUGGACAUGUUCAGGAUGCUGGUGUCAUCUGUUCAGGUCCAGUCAGAUUAAUUGGUUCUGGAUCGACUCGGUGCUCUGGCAGAAUUGAAGUUUAUCACAAUAACAUCUGGGGAACCAUCUGUGAUGAUGGCUGGGACUUGAAGGAUGCUCAGGUGGUUUGCAGAGAGUUAAACUGUGGGACGGAACUAAAGGCUCCUCGAUCAGCUCGCUUUGGUGCAGGAACUGGACUGAUAUGGUUUAAUAAUGUGACCUGUUCAGGAAAUGAAAGUUCUCUGACUCAGUGUCAGCACAGUGGAUUUGGAAACCACAGCUGUGGACAUGUUCAGGAUGCUGUUGUCAUCUGUUCAGGUCCUCGGAGGAAGUUCUUGAUGAAAGUGGAUCUGGCUGCUUUCAACUCGUCUGUGAACAUGACAGAUCCGGCUGUGAGGGAGUCCAUCUUGAAAUGGGUUAAAAAGAGGGUGGGAGGCACAUCUGAUGACCUAAAAGUGAGCUGGCAGAAACCUCCAGAGAAGAAAAAAAGCAAAAAGCAAAAUACUGCAUUAUGUACUCCUUAGUUCAGUCUGUUUGCUUCGCUAUCUACAGCAAAGAGGCUUAAUGUUAUAUGACGCUUAUAAAAAUGAUGCAAUUGAUUUAUUAUUUGUCAGAGUAUAUCUGCAUGUUUUUUGUUUUCUGUUGUGCUGCAUUUAACUGUCAAACAACUAUAAUCUCAAAAAAAAAAAAAGUGUAGAUUUAAUAGUUUUAAUGACUAUUUCUGUCAUGGUCCUGGGCCUUACGCCCAGUAUUUUGAGUUUAUUGUAGACUUUGCAGUUUUGUAUUUGUGUGUGUGUGUUUCAGUUUAGUUUCUGUUCCUGUUUUGUGGGUUUUCUUCGGUGUGCUUGUGCGCCCUCUGUAUGAUGUUUUCUCGGGCUCUUUAAAUAAUGAUCUGGAGCAGGUCAGCUUUGGAAGUGACAGCCUCUUAAUUUGGCAUCUGCAUUUAUGACAAAGGAUAACAAAGGAGCGUGGGUAUCUCUUGUGGACAAACAGUGAGAGCUCUCUACGUGAAUCCUCCGUCACGCUGAGGAUCACCCAUAAUCCUUUUUCAUUACAGUGUGUAAAACAGUGUUGCUUACUGAGCUGUUGCUUUUUUGCUAUUUCAAGAAACUGAACACAGAGUUUAACAUAUUGUUACAAUAUGCAGAGAACUUAUUGAAACAUUCCGUGUACUCACAAUGCUCUGAACAGUGGUGCACAGCUACAUACCUGCAUUUAUGACAAAGGAUAACAAGGUAGAGUGGUUAUCUCUUGUGGACAAACAGCGAGAGCUCUGUGUGAAAAAAGACUGCAGCUGUGUCCAAAUUCAGGGGCUGCAUCCUUCAAAGGACCCGUCCUACGUAGACCAUACCUGACAAGUUUUGUAUUUAAAAAUACGGGAAAUUUUCUGCUGCUGAAAAUAGACGUCACUAUAUGACGUCAUCGCCUAAUUUGCAUAAUUGCUCAUUUGGAUGUACUGUAUUUGCAAGUCAGGCUGCAGGAGAGAGGAAAAAACAUCUUUGGACAGACAAAAAGUGAAGAAAAAAAACCACCAUAAAUAUGUUUAGAACUACAAAUAAACUUUAUGAAAUAACUUAAUAACUUUAAUGCUUUGCCUAGACCCACAUUACACAGAUCAAUUUUGUCCCGUAUUGUUUAAUGUAAAAUAUCAAAUUUAAUGAAAACACUGUGAGGUGAGACUGCUAGCUAAGUUCAACCCACCUCCUUUAUCUGGGCCGCUGUUGCCAACUUGUGUAAUAAAACUCGCUGUCACCUGUCUCAAAGGUUGAUAAAGGCCGAAGCGAGGAUCGGGGAUGGGAGCGGGUGAGCAGGCUCAGUGAGGUUCUGGGGUUUGAGGGUGGAGACAAAGUGAGGUCUGGGUGAUGCCAAAGCAUACCAAAGGACACAGUAAAAAGGCUUCAUGUACACAAAACAUGGCAACAGCGGAGGAGUUCGCUGUCGCUAGAGUCACUUUAUGGGGGAAAAAAAAAGUUGGCAAGACUGAGCCCAACUGAGGUCCAAUUGUUUUGUCCGGGUGUCAGGACGAACCUAGUGAUAACCUGGUGACAAUUCAGUUUGGAGCGGCACAGGAAUGCUUUAAGAAAAUUGAAAACUGAAAAUACAGGAAAUAAAAAUACGAGGGUUAAAAUACGGGAAUUUCCCGGCCAAAACGAGAGACUUGACUGGUAUGACGUAGACCGGGUCCUUGUGGUUUAAUUUUAAGUCUUUAAUUCAAAAUAAGCUGUUAAAACAUGCAUAAGACAUUUCAGCAUAGAUAUAGACAUAGUCAAACAUUAUUGUCAUUCAAAAUUGCACCAUACAGUGCGCAUUAGAAUGAGAUUUCAUUGCUAUAGGCUUGGAUUAAAUUU